AUCAAAUUUAGGUAAUGCUAUGGACGAGCUUAUGCGCCACCAACCAAGUUUGAAAGCAGAUGCUACAAGAGGCAUAAUUAAACUUCUUCAUGAACUCUGUUAUUUAGGAACAGAGUCUAAAUAUGUCUGCUGGAGACCACACAGUAAACAAGAUCCUCAAAGUACUUCAAAUACACCUAGACCUUCCACUACCACUGAGGGAUCUUCGGACGAAGAAGAUGACGAUGAAGAAGAAGCCUCAACAUCUUCUCAAAAUCAGAGUGAUUCUCAAGUUCACGGAAGAAGCGAUAACAAAACCCCUAUUGCUUUAGUCGAUUAUAUUUUGAACGUUAUGAAAUUAAUCGAUGCGAUUUUAAGUAAUAAUUCUACAGACGAUCACUGUCGUGAAUUUGUGAAUCAGGGUGGUUUAGACCCCUUAUUAAAAAUUCUUGGUCUACCCAAUCUGCCCGUCGAUUGUCCUGUAACAGCGUCAGCCCAGGCUGUCGCAUCCGUCUGCAAAAGCAUCUUAAACCUUGCGCAUGAACCUAAAGUCUUAAAGAAAGGACUGGAACAGUUGAAUGAAGUCUUGCAAAAUUUAAAACCCCUUUACACGAGAUCACCAGAUGACCCUCCUGGAUCAAAACUAUUACACGAAUUGGCGAGUGCUACACACUUAGAUUCUGCUUUUUCAAAUGCAAGUGUAACCCCUCUUCUGCAUGCAAUGGGAGCUGCACAUGGUUAUGUUCUAAUGUUUGUUCACGUUUGUCGAACUAGCCAAAGUGAUACUCGCGCCCUUUCUCUUCAACAUUGGGGCUCAGAACAAGGACUUAUUGUACUUAAAGGUUUAGCUGAACUUUAUACUUCUCUUGUGUGGGAAAGUACUCUGCUAUUAGCUUUAUGUAGCGAAGAUGUUAUCCACGGAAAGACAUUUGAUUGCGAUUUUAAUCGCGAAGAUAUGAGGAAACUUAAUAUUCCAGAUCCAGAUAGGGCCGAAUGUACUUGUGCUACUACUGAAACGCCAGUAGACACGACAGCGAACGUCGCUUAUGCCAUGAGAGGUCUUUCGACAAAUCCUCCGCCUCUUUGUAUGGAAAUAGAUGGCGAAGCAAUAGCUAUCAAUAAGCCGACAAGCCAACAGUUAAAAUACAUAAAACCUCUUCUUGGCGCGUCCUCGCGAUUAGGUAGAGCUUUGGCUGAACUGUUUGGCCUUUUGGUUAAAUUAUGUGUAGGUUCUCCAGUUAGACAACGACGCGGUCAAAAUAUAGUGUCUAGUCCCCCUUGUCCAGGCCCGUAUGCCAAAGCUGUAGCCACCGCUUUAAAUUAUCUUCUUGCCAAUGGUCUGAAUGCAGAAAAAUUACCUCCAAGUCCUAUUCCAAAGUUUAGGUUGACAUUCCUUAUAUGUAGUGUCGGUUUUACGAGUCCCAUGCUUUUUGACGAAAAAAGAUAUCCAUACCAUCUGAUGCUCCAAAAAUUUGUCCAACUUGAAGGUCUCACUACAUUCUUUAACACGUUCAAAUGGGCCUUAAGUGCUGGAGGUACUAUUCCUUUUGAUGAAGGCAUUGAACAUGCUGAUUUACCAGAAGGUACUGGUGAAUUUUUGGAUGCCUGGCUGAUGCUUCUUGAAAAAAUGGUUAAUCCGAAGGCCAUUCUAGAGUCUCCUCAUGUUGUUUCUUCAAAAUCGAAUUCAGCAGCUUUUAAAAUGACAGCAUUUGACCCUCUUAAAUACCUAAUACAAAUGCAAAAAUUGGCUUUUGAUGCUGUUAUGCUUCUUUGGGACAAACGUCCUUUACCUAACUAUGGAUUACGUAUGAGCGAAUCUAUUCUUACCAUAUUAAGACACAUUCUAAGAGCGGAAAAAAUUAUCAACGAACGUCUGAAAGAUAUGGACAAAAAAUCCGAGCCCGCUGCUACUUCCUCCACAAGUAGAGAAGUCGAUGUUAAUCAAGAUCACUUAAGGCAACUUAUGGACAUGGGGUUUUCACGUGAACAUGCCACAGAGGCUCUUUUACAUACUCUAAGUUUAGAGCAAGCCACUGAUUACCUUUUAGCACAUCCCCCUAACCUGGUAAGGCCAGGAACAUCUACUAUGGAUGUAGAUGAAGACGAACAAGUUAUGCAAGCAAUUGCAUUGUCUUUGGGAGAUUCGGUAUCUGGUAAAAAGAAAGAAGAGUCUGUUGAAGACGAUAUGACACCAUUAUCAAGAGAGAAAAUAAACGAAUUCACCUCGAAUGCUUUACAAAAUACCUUGUUACUUAUUGAACAAAUACCGGAAGUUGUUUAUAAAGUUUGUGACCUUUUGGUUACAAUUAUGAAAAGAAACGGACCUGACUUUAGAGACGAAGUUCUAGAUAAAAUUCUUACCAUAAUUCGUGGUUAUGUUGUAGACAUACUCGAAAAAAUUUAUAACAUUUCCUUCAAAGAUUUUGUAGAACUUAUUUACGAUUCACAGAGGGCUCAUCGACUGGGGUGUUUCACCCACUUAUACGUUUUGUUCUUCGAAGUUCCUUCAUAUUUUGAAAUGCGUAUUCCAUCCGCCUUAGCAGUUCACAAAUCUGGUAUGUUAAGAAACAUGCUGGCUUUAAUUUGUCUAGCAGAACAUGCCAUGUCAACUGCUGAAAAGAAAGUUGAGCCUAAAUGGUUGACACCUUUCUUGCUUCUGUUGGAUUCUGUAGGAAAAGUAGCUACUUGCUCCCAAAGAAAAUGGAACAUGCACUUAGUUACAAAUAGAGUUUGGAAGUGGUAUGAUUUAGUAACUGGGAAGUGGACGCCAUACUCUACAACCAACAACAAACUUAUUAAUGAAGCUUACUGGAAUGGAGAGCAAAGUAUUAGAGUAACGUGCGGAAGACGAAGAUAUACCAUAACAUUCUCAAACAUGUUACAAUGUAACGACGAAAGUGGAAAUAAUCGACCAAUAUCGAUGACACCAAGGAACCUCCUUAAUGAUCAAACUCAAGAACCAAUCGAAAUGGCAAUUGCUGAUGAUUCACUGUUAAAUGAAAAAGAACAAAAACGUUGCAGACCUGUGCCGAAUUUGUUAAGAAAACAAAAUAUAGAACUUGUAAAGAUCUGCGUUAAACUUAUGCAUCUUCAGAUUGAUAAAGACCUUCUGCAUGCCAUUAUGCGUGUCUGCUUACGUCUUACAAGAAGCUUUGAAAUUGCGAAUAUAUUUGUACAAGAAGGUGGUGUUAGAUGCUUGUUAAAUAUGAGACAAACAGCCGCAUUUAGUGGCUACGGCCCGCUAGCUACCAUUUUAAUCCGUCACACUUUAGAAGAUUCCCAAACAUUGGCACACGCCAUAGAAAAGGUGAUCAGAGGUCGCACUUUACCGUCAAUACCUCCACCUUACAGAGAAUUAAUGUAUAUGGUUAGACAGAUUGGUGGUGCUGUGACACGAUCUCCAGAGACUUUUUUCCAAGUAGCCAAGAACAUUUUACGUGUUGAUUGUAGUAUAUUUAGAAGAAACGAUGAAAUUGAUUCACGUUUGCCUAUGCGUGCCGAACCAUCGAAACAUUCUCACCCUCCAAAUAUGGAAGAGUUUUCUAUAAGAGUAAUUUACGAUUUGUUGAAUGUCUUGGUUCAACCUUUGGAAUUAGACGCCCCAGAUAUAAGUGAAGCUUCAGCAUCUAAAAAGGUUAAUAGCAAACAACGUGAAACUAUGUACCAAAGAGCUUCGUCUCUUCUAAGUGGAAAUGGAAGUUCAGAAAUGCUCAACAUCGACAGUCAAGAUGAUUCGUCUUCUACACCUAUUAUGAGAGUGAAACUGACUAGAAACGGAAGUGAAACAAAUAUAGAUAAAAAAUUGGAGCAAGAAAUGGCUCGAAAACCUUUACUAGCAAAGCACACUAUUCUGAAAAUACUAGCAGACGCCGUCGUUUCUUAUGGAGCUGUAGCCAAACUUGUUACAGACUACGUGUUUAAAGCAGGCUGUUCUGAAUUUAUAACCGAAGACUGUACUGCAUUAGCUUUCAUGUUUGACAAACUUCUUCCUAUAACCGAAAAUAGUUCUGAUCGCGAUUGCUCUAUGAUGUGUCGUAUGCUGAUAGCAGCCAUAGCAUCCUGCAAUCACUCACCUGAAGCGCAAAUAACAUUGGUCGGAGAAGUAAAAUCUGCCUUAAUAAGGGCACUCAUGAUGCAAGAAUCAAUAGAAAAACACACCCAAGUUCAGUUGUUAACUGGUAUUAUUUGGACAGUAAUUGAAAAUUGCCCACCUGCCAAUAACCAAAUGAGAGUCCACAAAGCUCAGUCAAUGAGUAGUGGUCAAAUGAAUAACAUGGUGAAACUGAUGUUAAAAAAAGGAAUUUUUAAUGAUUUGGCCCGGGUUCCACAUUGUCUUGACUUGUCAAGUCCGAAUUUUCCAGCUACUGUAAACAGUGCUCUUAAACCUAUGGAGGCUCUGUCUAGAAUUGUGAAUCAACCUGUGACUGGUAACGCAUCAUCAAAUAAAUCAAACAAAAAGAGCUCUCAUAAUAAUUUAGAUGAUACUGGGGUCACACAAAGUGGUACCACAUCAACCGAAGCUACAAAUGCACAGGGUGAAGAAACCAUCGAGGAUACAGAAAAUACAGACCACGACAUUUCUGCAGUAGCUUCAAGUUUAGAAGCAAAUCCGGAAGCAACAAAUGUCCCCGAAGAAAGCGACCAUGUUUUAGUAAAUAUAAUGGAUCAGUUACUCGAAAGAGGAAAUGGUGAUGGUGGGAGCCGCAGUUAUAGUGAAGUUGCGUCCAGUAGAAAUCAUCAUGGUAUGGAUAUUGAUGAAGAUGCUAACAUGAGUUAUGACAAUGAAAGAGACGCUACUGAAGAGCUUAUGAGUACAGACUCUGGAGACUCAGAUUCAAAUGCAUCUGAUCAGGAAGUAGAAGACGACGAUAACGAGAAUGAUGUGGAUGAUGAAGAUAUCGACGAAGGGGAUGAAAACGACGAAAAUAAUUACGACGAUGACGACAAUAACGAGGGAACGGAUAAUUUCGAUGAUAAUUCAGGAAUUUUCCAUAUAGCUUCAAACACAGACAGGGACGAUGAUGACAUUCUAAUGAUUCAAUAUGCUGAACAUGAUACUGAUAACGAAACCCUUCCUCGUGUACGCUGGAAUGAAAAUGGAUUUGCUGUUCCAAUAUUCGAUGAACCCAGCAACAGUGCUGAUCAAUCAGUUCCGAUUAUUCAUCCCCUGUUGGUCUCCCGUCACAACAACGAAAAUACAACAACCACUGCUAACAGAAAUCAACGUACCAAUCGCGCAAGAAGAUACCAGUACCUACACUUCAACCCGAGAAAUUCUAAUCCACCUGUUAUCUUACAAAGAUAUGCAUUGUCCCUUUCUAGACUUCUGGGUCCAGCAGCGGCUCAGAAUCUUACUCUCGGAAGCAACCAACUCAUGAAUUCUCCUGGUACCCAUGAAUCAGCUAGAGUAGUGGUUAUGGACAACUUCAGCUUAUUUCCAACCGCAGAAGAACAAAUAGAUCUUGUUGACCAGUCUGGAUACUUGUUUGGUCCUAGUUUAGCAGCCACAUUAAACUAUGUACCACCGUUCCUUCACUGGUGGAAUGAAGAAUCAAAAUUAUUAGACGUAGAGUCUACCUAUGACAUAACCAUUUUGGUAUGUUAUAAACUAAUCUGUCCCUUGAUCAAAGCGAGAAAUGUUGAAAUGGCUGAAAGAAAACGUAAACGAGAAGAGGAGGAAACUAAGUCGAACAAAAACAAACAGAAACCUGAGGAAGGUAAACAUGAAGAGCCCCAAAUUAAGAAUGCAUUCGACUUAAAUGUUACUCUUCCUUCUGUAGAAAAUGUUGAAAUCGACUCUGAUAAUAACUCAGAACAUUCUUCUGCACAAGUUUCACAGGCAAAUAAUGAACAAUCUCAGUCAGAACCCGAGCGAACGAUAAUAUCAAUUCCUACACUUGCAAAUGUGGAAAAUACUUUACAAUCUAACAGUGUCAACCAGCAAGCAUGGCAAAUUGAUCAACCAAUCCCUGACUUGUCACAGAAUCUAGGAAAUAACGAAAACGGUUCCACCUGGGUGCAUGAUUCUGAUUGCAUUACCGUGGGUGGCGAACAGGAAAAUCAAAUAGGACAACCGAUUCCUGUCGUUCAUUUACCAUCAAGAUUUGAGAAUGUAGAGAAUGAAUCAGGUUGGAUGCGCGAAAGCAACGACGCUAUUCCUAACAGAACUUUGCAACAAAUAGCAGAUGCAGAUCGAGUCCUACAAGCACUGGGAAAUAUCGAAUUUACUUCAUACGAGCCUAUUGAAGUUCCUGAUUUUGUUUCAUCUUCCAAUUCAAGAGACGAAAUACCUCAAUUGCCACAAAAUUAUUUUUCUCGCAUUCCUACUCCUCCACCAUUAGAUUUUGGUUCAGGAGGAGCUACUAAUGCUCCUGAUGAUAGUAGACUCCCUGUUUCUAAUGAAAAUGAAGAACUAGAAGAUGCUGAAGACAGUGAAGAUAAUGAAGAGGAUCGUAAUGCAGCAAAUGCAGAGCCUAGAUUUUCGACGUCCAUGUACCCGAGCAUUUUUUCGCUGAUAACAGUUGAUGAAACAAAUGCUUUACAACAAAGUUUAGACAGUUUACGUUCUAGUCUUCGCGAAAGGCAAGAAAUAUUUGAACGACGACGUCAAGAACAACAAAAUGUGACUCAGCAAUCUGAACAACAGCAAGAAAUUAGCGACACAGUCGUGCUGGAUUCUAAUUCAUCUGAAAGUGAAACAUCUUCAAGUAAUGUCGCUGAAACUGCUUCUGCUGCUGCCGCUACUAGCAGAACGGUUACAACUGAAAAUGCAAAUCCUACAUCUUCAAAUAACGAUUAUACUACUGCAACUGAUGAUAAAAACCCAGUUCCUCAAACUCAAAAUCAAGAAGAAAGCUCAGGUGCAAGUCAAAUACAAACGGAAGCUGCAAGUGCUAAUACUGAUGUCAUAAUGGUAGAAGAAACUGCAAGACCCGCAGAUGGAAACGAAGAAAUCCCCGAAGGUGUUGAUCCAUCGUUCUUAGAGGCUCUGCCUCCUGAAAUGCGUAGAGAAGUUCUAGAUCAAUGUAGAAUGUUACGACUUCAACAACGUGCUUCUGCUCCCAGUAGCAGUUCUGAUCAAGCAGCAGCCGGAAGUUCUGCAGAAGUAAGUCCGGAAUUCUUAGCUGCAUUACCACCUUCUCUACAGGAAGAAGUGUUGACCCAACAAAGAUUGGAACAACAACGUCAAGCUGCUGCUCGAGCAAAUCCUGAUGAACCAGUUGACGCCGGAGCGUUCUUUGAAACUUUGCAGCCGUCUCUACGGACAAUGAUCUUGUCAGACAUGGAAGAUUCACAAAUGUCGGCUCUUCCUCCAGACUUAGCAGCAGAAGCGCAAACCUUAAGAAGAGAUUGGGAAGCCCGAAACAGGCAAAUGAUGCAAGAGCGCUUCUUCCAAAGUAAUCUUACUACUAUUAUUCGACAAUCGGCAAGAAGUCGUCUAGGAACAAGGAUAAAUACUCACAUGAUUCCCCAAAGAGCGCAGUGGGGAAGUUGGGGAAGGGCUGACUUUGUACAAAGUAAUUCUGCGCAAAACAUGAGAGUUAGAGGAAGACAACUUCUAGAUCAUGAAGCUCUUUCUUGUCUCUUAGUGUUAAUAUUUACCGACGACCCAAAGCUUCAUACUUUACGACUUCACAGGGUGAUCAGAAAUCUUUGUUAUCAUGCACCUACUCGAGAAUGGAUAGUAAAGUCUUUGCUGUCGAUCAUAGAGAGAAGUGUUCAAGCAAAACCAGAUGAAAAUCUUAACAAGCCGUUACGUCGCACACCGAAACCUGGUCCAUUAAUUAGCAAGCUCCUAACAGAUGCUCGACACCUUAAUAACGGUGCCAGUUGGUUAAAUAUCAGGAUGGAGGCUGCUUUAGGUUGCCACGCAAAUGUAUUUUUAGUUAAUCGUAUACCAGGCAAAAGAAGCGAUCGUUCAAAUGCAGCAACUGUUACCAUUCAUCCUCAAGCUGCACCGAUUGUUUGCAAAAAUGCGUUGGAUUUACUGAUAUCACUCUCCAAAAGUUUUCCUACGUUUCUAGUACCGAUUAGAGUAAGGGAAAAAGACGACAGUAAACCAACACCUUCUCCUUCUAAAAUUAGGCCAGAAAGUACUGAUUUCUGGGAUAUGCUUCUCAAGUUGGAUUCUGCUAGCAACAAGAAAGGAAAGAGCCUGGCCAAAGUGCACACAAACUUGAGUCUUUGCUUAGACGUAGAAAACACAAACGUUACGUUCGAACAAUCGGCUUUUGGACAAUUACUUACUAUGCUAUCCUCUCCCAUUAUUUACCGUAGUAUGCAACUGACAGAUAAAUUGCUUCGAUUAUUGUCUGUGAUAACGACUGGAAUGCCCGACCUAACUAAAAAUACUGGAUCAAAGCCGAAAAAGCAAGUUCCUAAAUUUGAUUGUAUUACAGCUCCUGAAAGCGCUCUUAAUCUAGCAGUUAAAGUUCUUACUUACAAGAGUUGUUCUGAAGAAGGUCUCGAAGAUGUAACAAAUCUUUUAUUGAAUUUAUCCAACUGCUCCUUGGUAAUGAGUUACACUAUUUUUAAUCUUCUGCUUAAUGGUGCUAUUCGUAUUGGAGAAACUGUCAAGGAACAAAUCCAGAACAUGUUAGAAGAACUUAGAAACUUAAACAACGCUCAAAAGAAACGUAAAACUGCAGAAGAUCCUGGACCUAGUACAUCAAAGGGUGUAGUAUCAAAUAGAUUCACCAAAGAGAACGUGGUAAUUACUGCUUCUUCAAAAGUUAAAACAUCUUGUGAUCUUCAGUUACCUUCAAUGGCCCCACUGACAUCGAAGACAUCAAGUCAAGUUUUCUUCCUGAGGGUACUGAGAGUUAUCGUUCAAAUUCGGGACGCAAUAAAAAAAGCACCCAAGAAAGACGAAGAAGGAGCAACUGACGCAAAAAAAGAAAGAGGUGAAGCAGAUGGAAAAGCAACCUCAGAAGAAUACGAUAUGUUUCCGGAAAAUGGUUCUAACACUGCGAUAGUUCCAGCUUUAAGUGAUCAAUUGAAAAGUUUAGAGUCACUUUGGGAAACUUUAAGUGCAUGUCUUUUAGAGUUGGAGCAUACUCCAGAUCAUCAUGCAGUUCUAGUUUUACAACCGGCAGUUGAAGCGUUCUUCUUGGUUCAUUCUCCACAACAGGGCGCAGGAGACAAAGAAGCUUCCUCCAAAGAAACUAAUAAAUCUCCCGAUAAUGACAUGUCUCUUUCAAGUAGUUCCUCUGCUACUUCUCAUUUCCCUGAACCUGAUCAAAACAGUUCAGAAGGAAACGCUAAGACCCCUGUUCCUCCUGAUCAGUUGAAAUUCUUAAUAUUUGCCGAGAAACACAGAACUGUUCUUAAUCAAAUUCUUCGACAGACAACAGCUCAUCUUUCUGAUGGUCCAUUUUCAGUUCUUGUCGACCAUACCAAAGUUUUGGACUUCGAUGUUAAAAGACGGUAUUUCAGAACUGAACUUGAGAGAUUGGAUCAGGGAAUUAGAAGAGAAGAAACUGCCGUCCACGUACGUAGAAGCAAUGUUUUUGAAGAUUCCUUCAGGGAAUUGUACAGAAGGUCCCCUGAGGAAUGGAAAAAUCGUUUCUAUAUCGUCUUUGAAGAUGAAGAAGGACAAGAUGCUGGAGGUUUAUUGAGGGAGUGGUAUAUGAUUAUUUCUCGUGAUAUAUUCAAUCCAAUGUACGCAUUGUUUACAAUUUCCCCUGGAGAUCGCGUGACUUAUAUGAUUAAUUCAGCAAGUCAUUAUAAUCCAAAUCAUCUUUGUUACUACAAAUUUGUAGGACGAGUAAUUGCUAAAGCCAUUUAUGACAAUAAACUUCUAGAAUGUUACUUUACAAGGUCAUUUUAUAAACAUAUUUUGGGAAUUCCUGUCAAAUAUACUGACAUGGAGAGUGAAGAUUAUAGUUUUUAUAGGGGUUUAGUAUAUUUAAUGGAGAAUAACAUAGAGCAAUUGGGCUACGAUCUAACCUUCAGUACAGAAAUAAAUGAAUUUGGUGUUACAGAAACCAGAGAUUUAAUACCGAACGGCCGAAAUGUUCCUGUUACGGAAGAAAAUAAGAUGGAAUAUAUCAGACUUUCCUGUCAGAUGAAGAUGACUGGUGCUAUAAGACAACAGUUAAACGCUUUCUUAGAAGGAUUUUAUGAUAUAAUCCCUAUGCGUUUAAUCUCGAUAUUUAACGAACAAGAACUAGAACUGCUUAUUUCAGGUUUGCCCAAUGUAGAUAUCGACGAUUUAAAAGCAAAUACAGAGUAUCACAAAUAUCAGAGUAAUUCUUUACAGAUUCAAUGGUUCUGGAGGGCCCUUCGAUCGUUUGACCAAGCUGAACGCGCUAAAUUUUUGCAAUUUGUUACGGGUACUUCAAAAGUUCCAUUACAAGGUUUCGCUCACUUAGAGGGAAUGAAUGGAGUUCAGAAAUUUCAAAUUCAUCGAGACGACAGAUCCACUGAUCGUUUGCCGUCCGCGCACACUUGUUUCAAUCAGUUGGACCUUCCUGUUUAUGAAACGUAUGACAAACUUCGUUCUUACUUACUGAAAGCUAUCCACGAAUGUUCAGAAGGUUUCGGCUUUGCUUAAACUAAUUCUUGCAAGACUGAAGCAAGUUAGAAUUCGGUAGAAAUAUUAUAAACGUUGAAGACCAAAAAAAAAAUGGGAUAUUUGUUAAUAUCAUACAUAAAGCUAUAGAUAGAUGGAAAACUAUUCUAAUAAUAAUAAUUGUAAAUAAAACCGAAUGUGUACAGGGCUGAAGUAAUAUCUAUACGAUCGAUUUACGUGUAUUAUAUGAUAUAAACAAAAACAUUAAAAGUAAUAAUUUUUCGAAAAGCGCUGGCAGUAUAUGUUAUAACUGUUUUGCGUGUGCUUUUUCGGUUGACCUUAGUUGAGAUUUUUGUAACAUAACUCUUUGAAGGCACAUGUAUUUUUGUAAAGGGCCGAGAGGCAAAUAAGCGUGAUAGAUUGUAUUUCAUAAGUACCUAUAAUUUUAUUGUUUAGUUUUAACAUUUGUUAAUUGUAAUUAUUUGGCUAGAGCGACGAUUACUGAUAUAAUAAUAUUUAUAACAAGGCAAAUCUUUCCAGUCUGGUUGUAUUUUUUUUAUACUACAUAAAUUUUUUUUCUCAUUUUA